AUGCGAAUCCUCGCACUGGCGAGCAUACUGCCCCGCGCUGAGAACAUAAAGAGCAGUGCUACACCCUUUUUUCACUUAACAGCCAUUGACCUACAAGAACAAAACCGACCCGGAAAACUUGGGCAAAAGCCUCGCUCCUGUUUAUCAACCCGUGAAUCCAUGAAUCUGAUGACAAAAGAAAAAGCUGGUUUCCUCACCCCAAAAGCUAUAUCAAAUCGGAUUAAGGCCAAGGGCCUUCAGAAAUUGAGAUGGUAUUGCCAAAUGUGCCAGAAACAAUGUCGGGAUGAGGUAAUUUGUUACGCAACUAACUUAUUGUGUCCUCAGAAUGGCUACAAGUGUCACACAAUGUCGGAGUCCCAUCAUCGACAGAUGAAGCUCUUCGCGGAGAAUGGGGGGAAGUUCAUCAGCAGCUUUUCCUCCGAGUUUCUGAAGGGAUAUCUGGAUAUCGUGAGACGGCAAUUUGGCGGCCAGCGGGUCCAUGCGAAUGUUGUUUAUCAGGAGUAUAUCAAAGAUAAGGAACACAUACACAUGAAUGCCACCCGCUGGCACACACUGACUGGUCUGUGUAUGUGGUUAGGAAAGCAAGGAAUUUGCAAAGUUGAUGAAACAGAAAAAGGAUGGUUCAUCGAGUAUAUCGAUCGUGAUCCCGAAAAACUGAAGCGUCAGGAGGCCAGUGAGCGCCUUGAAAAAACGGAGGAUGAGAUCAAUAGACACUUUCUGGAAAAACAAAUUGAAUAUAAUUUGUCAAAGACUGAACCAACCGAGGGCCCUAGUUAUACCCCUUUGGUGAGACCAGAUGACACGCCUAUCCGACUCAACCUUUCGUUGAAAACCAAAAGCUCAGAAACAACGGACAACACAGAUCCCAUCCAAGACUGUGAAGUUCCAGAGGUCGUCGAACAAGAAAAGCCAACGAACACGAAAUUCAUCACUUUCGGUCCUAAAAAGGCCAAACCUAUGAACCCCUUGUUGGCAGCAGAGCAGAAAGCAAAAGAACAGCGCUCAAAGAGUAAUCCGGCGAAGCCAAAUGUGGCCGAGCGUCCUCAGAGUACGACCGGCUGCCGACGGAAGGCUUUAGAUGACUUAAUGGAGAAGGAAGAAGCACUAAAGGACAAGCGAAAUCGACGAGAUUACUGGCUAACUGAGGGCAUCGAAGUCAAAUUAAUUAACCGAAAACUGCCCGAGGAUGUUCGCUUACGGCAUGCUGCGGUCGUGAAAAUGCUGGACAAUUACACGGCCAUCGUGCGUGUACUCCGAGAUGGCACCAAGAUAAAAGUGGACCAAGAACAUGUUCAAACAGUGGUUCCUCCGCCUUCAUCUACAGUGAUGGUCGUGAAUGGAGCAUACCGCGGAGAAUAUGCGACCCUUGAGCAAGUGGAUAAAGAUGCUGGCUGCUGUGAUCUCACCAUUGCUACGGGCCUUUGUAUGGGUCGAUAUAUCCGAAAAGUUUCCUUGGACGAUGUGUGCAAACUAGUGGAAGUGCAACGAUGAAAAAUCGUGAUUCAGUUUACGUCACUAUGUACAUUUCUCUCAGCAUGUGCUCACUUGUACAAACGUUUGAAAAAAAAAAUUAGAAAGUUAUAUAAGUUUUCUCAGGAAUUCACUCCAACCGGACGAUUUUUGAAGAUGGCGGUGUAAGAUUAAAGAUCUCCAUUAGCAACGGGUCGACUUUGGUUGGAUCCAACUGCAUCAACAUGUGACCGUAAUUGAUUGUUAACGCCUCAAGUUGGUUCAGGUUGGCUAGAACGGAGGCCAACAUAGCGCGACCUCCCGCGAAGCCCACCUUGGCCUCUAGGUAAUGCUUCAGCAACAGGUAGUACCGGUCGUGGACGUUGGCAACCUGUGGUGGUAAAGCGCGGAGAUCACAGCGAUGAGUUCAGUAAUGAUCCUGUUGGAGAUAUUCUAAUAAUGAAAACGUAAAAUGGUAACACUGUGCUAACGUAGCUAAAUCCUUGUGCAUUUACACUCAGCAAGUUGGCAGCUAUAUGCUGCAUGC